ACCCUUUCAACUACUUCCUUUCUGUCAACUCACCUCACGCGUCUACUGUCGACUUACCGUAUCUAUAUUAACUCUCAGUCUCCCUACUUUUCUGUUUCUCUUGGGUCUUAGGUCCACUCUCGACGUUGUUGUGAUCUCAUGGCCGAAGUCGUGAACGCUAUCGUUGCCUUUGCUGUCAUCAUCUUCAUCUUCCGCUGGGUCACGUCUCCGAGCGCAGAGUCAUCUGGAGAUGUGGCUGCUGCGAGGGCGCUUAAGUUCAAGCCCAAGAAAGUGUCGGACGAGAUGACGAACCAGAUAUGUGGCAUGUUCCCGGAUAUACCGCGAGAAAACGUGCAUUAUGAUCUGUUGCGUACGGGGUCGGUGGAGCGGACGACAGAGAAGAUUUUAGAACGGGGAUUCCUCGACGCACCACCACCAGCCUAUUUCACAAUAUAUCCCCGCCAACCCGCCCCAACAGCCCCGCAAGCCCGCCCAGGCGCCACACCAACCGGCUUAGCGUCCUCCUCAGCAUCCGCCUCCCGUAAAUCCGAAACCCUCAUCUCGCGGUUCAAGCUCGAACAGCGGGCCGCAGAACUGGAGAAACAGGAGCAGGCGAGGAAGGUGGCGUUGGAGCUCGAGGAGGCUGGAGGCAAGGCCGCGUGGGAGGAUACGGCUGAGAAGAGGGAGAGGAGUUUGAGGGAGAGGAAGGAGAGGAUGAUCCUUGCUGCGAGACAGAGAAUGCUGGAGAAGCAGCAGCAGCAGGCGGCGACACAAUCAUGAUAAUGCUAGGGCCUCUUCGUAAAAGGGCUGGCGCUGGAUUUGCAUAUGUCUUGUUCUCACCGAUGUCUCUUAAGCUUAGGCUCUAGUGAAUAUAUGGGAGUUGCCUCCGUACAACGGUUUCGAC